GGCGCCGGAGAGCAACGUUAUUCUCAGAGUUGUGUUUCUAGCCACCUGAUGAAUGUAAUAUCCACUCCUUCAUCUCUCAUUUGGUUUCCACUCGCUGUCUCUGUUCUUCAGCAGCGAGCUGCGCCCUGUCUGAAAAUAACAGAAAUAUGUGUUCAGGUGUUUCGUGUUGAUCUGUUUUCAUUUUGGUCUCAUUAUAAUUUUCUUUAUAAAUGUUAUUCUUUAUAUUUAAAUCCAUUUGAGCGGUUUACAGAUGUAGUGGCUGCUGUCGGCCGCAAGGGGCUCCCUAACGGAAUGCGCCGUAACGCCUUCCAGCGAAGAAGAGAGGGCCACAACAAUAACACACAGCUAGCUACACCGAGACGGACACGGACCGCACACCCCGCCUCCCGCCUCCCGCCUCCCGCCUCCCGCCUCCAGCCUGCAGCCUCCAGCCUCCCGCCUCCAGCCUCCAGCCUGCUCCGGGCGGACCGCGGCGGGAACCCGUCCAGAGCGCCGCGUGACAUCCGGGCGCCAUGUUGUGCUAGCGGCAGUAGCAUGCUGUCGUCGUGACGCGCGGGAAGCUACGUAGCCGUUAGCUCGUCUCCACCGGCUCGGUUCUCCCCCGGUUCUCUGUUAAUGUCCCCGGGCUCCCGGGCCGCGCGCACACAUGGAGAGCCUCUACAAGCGGAAGAUGUUCGCGUCCAUGCGGAAGACCAAAGUGGACGCGACGAAGAAGCGGCAGAUCGGCCUUCCCGCCGAGAUCCUGGACGACAGUGACGAGGGCUCCUUCUCCUCCGCCUCCUCCUCCGGCUCCCAGGCCGACUACGACAGCUCCGCCGCGGAGGCCAGCGAGCAGGAGGGCCCGGCCCGCAGCGACUCCGGCUCCACGUCCAGCGACCACAGCCGCUCCGUGGCCCGCAGGAAGCGCUCCUUCCUGGGGGGCGACAACAGCUCCUCGUCCUCCAGCUCCGGGGAGGAGGAGAAGACGAAGGAGCUGAAGAGGAAGAGGAGCCAGGCGAAGAGGACGGCGCCGCCCAAGAAGCGGAGCCGCCUGCAGCCGCAGGACGAGUCCGACUCGGACCAGCUGGAGGAGAAGCGGAGCGACGAGGCCGAGAAGAAGCGGCAGCGGCACGGCAAGCUGCUGGCGCUGGCCCGGAGGAUGAAGGCCCGGGUCCCGAGGAGGGGCCGCGCCAAGCAGGUACCGAGACCACAUGAGACCCCGUGAGACCACAUGAGACCACGAGACCCCGUGAGACCACAUGAGACCAC